AUGGUUUCUACUUUCUACAUAAACCGUGGCUACCAGAAACUGAUUACUUAUUUGAAGAACAGCAUCUUGCAGAAGCUUGGGGUGUUUGGUAGCAAGUGGGAGAAGAAGCUAUUCUACAAGAUUUCCAUCGCAGUUGUCUCGACCAGUGUUAAGUAUGAUACCUUUGUGCUAGCGGCUGAUGAAGAUAUUAGGGUUCUGUUCCAUUGUGUUAGGAGUUUUCCAGAGGUCAGAAUACACAAGUUGUUCGUGAAGUUGGAGGCUGGUGUCGAUAGUUCUGGGUUAUCAGCUCCAGUUCAUAGCUCGACUGUCGCGGGAGGUGUGUCUAGUUCGAUGCCUGCGGUCAGACCAUUCGUUCCGCUGGUAGCAUCCCCUUCAUUCGCAGCUGAUUUAAAUCGAACGGAGGUUGUUGAUUUUGUACCUUUGGAGAAUGUAGGGGUCUUUAAGCAGGCAUGUGAGGUGGGGACUGGUGGUGGCUUGAUACCUGAUAUGCAAGGCUUUGGAGAACCUGAUCGAGUAGAGAAUGCAAUGUGUGAUGAUGACUCUGACCAGGAGCCUGCUCUGGGUAAACAGGCGGACGAUGGUCCUAUAGUUGGGGGCUCUUCUACAGAAUUUCAGAUUGGGCAAUCAUUCCAGAAUAAAGAUGAGGCUGUGCUGAGUGUGAAGGACUAUAGCAUCCGCCAAGGUGUUGAGUACAGAGUCAUCGAAUCAGAUAAUCUGAAGUAUCAUGGAAAAUGCAAGGAGUUUGGCAAGGGUUGUACUUGGUUGAUUCGCAUAGCGCUGCGUUCACGAAAGGGCACUUGGGAAGUUAGGAGGUACAACGGGCCACACACUUGCUUGGCAACCUCUAUUUCCAGUUAUCACCGUCAGCUGGAUUACUACGUUAUCUGUGCGAGGAUUCUUUUGUUGGUUAGAGCAGAUACUGCGGUUACGGUAAAGGUAUUGCAACAAGCUACAGAAGCCAAUUACAGUUUCAGGCCUAGUUACAGGAAGGUUUGGAUGACCAAGCAGAAGGCAGUGGCACAAAUAUAUAGAGAUCGGAAAGAGUCGUAUGCAGAGUUGCCACGUUGGAUGCUAGGGGUACAGUCAACCAUGGCUGGGACAGUUUCUGUGUUGAAGACGUCUCCUGUUCGGCUUGGGGGUGAGGUUGAUGAGUCCACGGUGUACUUUCAUCGACUUUUCUGGACAUUUUCACCAUGUAUCGAGGCAUUCCAUCAUUGCAAGCCCCUUGUGAGUAUUGACGGUACCCACUUGUACGGGUGCCUAUACGCCGACGCCGAUCGACUCGCCUGUUAUCUGGUCUGUCGUAAACCUGCACCCUGGGAGGUUCUUGGGACGACCCUCUGUGACGAACCUCCUCAGUCAACACAAUUGGCCUCGGAUCCUGAAAUGCAACAUCUGGGGAUAGGAAUCUGUGGGCCACAUGGCACCACCAGUCCAGGUACUCAGCUGAUGGACCGGGGUCAAGGACUCGAUCGACCGGUAUGA